UUUAAAUAUGAAAGGAAAACUCAAUAAAGGAUUUGGAAAGCAAAAAGAAGGCUUUGAUGCCUUUGGAAAUACAACAGGAGGAGCAAACAUUGAAGCAGCCCUCAAAAGAGCAAAGACAACAGGAUCACUUAAUCUUCAGGGAAGGGGACUCAGCGUAUUUCCUGAAGAUAUCUGCAAAUUUAGUGACCUGAGGCUCCUUGAUAACUGGUGGGAAAGCUAUGAGUUAACUAAGCUAGACAUGGCAAAUAAUUCAAUUGCUUCUAUUCCUUCAGAACUUUCUACUCAAGAGCAGCUAUUUUAUCUAAAUUUUAACUCAAAUCUGUUGGAGGAAGUUCCCGGAGAGAUAUUCUCAUUAGUCUUAAAGUUCUUUGAUGCUAGUCAUAACAAGUUGAAGAUUCUUCCAGACAUGAUUGGAUCGUGCAACAGUUUGGUUGAACUUCACCUUGCAGGAAAUCAAAUCUCUGAAUUGCCCUUUACUUUUGGCGGGCUUGAAAACUUAGAAGUACUGGAUCUAAAAAGAAAUGAUAUCGAAUAUCUCCCUAAAUCCCUUUCUGGGUGAGUCAAGUUGAAGAAGCUAGAUCUGUCAGAAAACAGCUUGACAAAGAUUCCAGAAACCAUUGGAUUCUGUGAGAUGCUUACUGAUGUAAACUUCAGUAAAAACCAUAUUGAAAAUAUUGAGCUUUACAGUCUUGAAAGACUCUCAAAUCUAGUAUUGCUAGAUCUUCACCAGAACAAGUUGACAUAUUUUGAAUCAGUACCAAAAUCUACUAAGUUGGAUACUAUCAUUCUUGGGUUCAACUUUAUUGAAGAGAUAGCUAAUCUGCAUAAUGCUCCUAAUCUCACAGUCCUGGAUUUGCAUAACAAUAAGAUGGAAGAGCUUCCUGAGACAAUUUUGGAUAUGGAUAUGCUCAAGACCUUGAAUAUCAGCAACAAUAAUAUGAAUAAUCUUCCACCAAGAUUAGCUCUUCUUGAUAAUUUAGUACGAAUCCAAAUUGAAGGAAAUCCUUUAAAGUCAAUCAAAUCUUCGAUGAGAAUGGCCAAAGCCCCAGAUCUGAAAAAUUAUCUGAGACUCAGACUUGAUGUUAAAGAAGAAGAGAAGCUAGAACGUAAGAAGGCUCAAGAUAGGCAACUCCCAGGAGCAUCUUCUAGAGCAGAUCCUUGGGAAAUUUAUCUUCGUGAAUAUUUUCACAAUAACCAACUGAUUUUGCAGAGAAAGAGUGUAUUGAGCAUCUCCCCUAUCUUAUGGGAUUAUGAUGAGCUAACUCUAUUGGAUCUCAGUCAUAACGAAAUUACUUCUAUCCCAGAAGAGAUCCAUCACUUAUCAAAUCUUUUGUCAUUGAGACUUAGCCAUAAUAAGCUCACUAGUUUGCCAGAAUCUCUCUCUCAGAUGGCAGGACUAAAAGAGCUAGAGAUUGGUGAUAAUCCUAGCUUAGGAGGAUUUUUCACAGAUAAAUCUAUUAUCAGAUUGGAGUCAUUAUCAUACUUAAAUCUCAGUAACACAGGAUUAACUGCAAUUCCUCUAACACUCAAGAAGUUGCCGAACCUUGCGACUCUUCAUCUCAGUCAUAAUAAUAUCACUGACAUUAAGGAACUCUGUAGAGAAGAGUUCACUGGUCUUAAAGUCCUCGACCUCUCUCUUAACAAAGUGACUGAAAUCCCUAAGGCAUUUGCUUAUUUCCUAAUUGAGCUGAACUUCUUGAACGUUGUGAACAAUGAACUCAAAAGACUGCCUCACAACCUUGGAUUCCAUAAGACCCUUAAGACUGUCCAACUUGAUGGAAACCCUCUGAAGUCCAUCAGAAGGGCUAUUAUCGAUGGAGGCUCAGCCAGGCUUCUGCAGUACCUUGCUGAUAAGUACACUGAGGAAGAAGAUGGACAGAUUGAAGAAUGGGCUAUUAGAAAGAAGGGAGCAAAGAAAGGAGCAAUGAAAAAGGCUGCACAAGAAGAAGAGAAAUAUCAAAAGGAUUCUCAAGCAUCUAUUUAUGAGAGACAGACCCAAGAACCAAAAGUAGCUGGGCUGAAGAAGAAAAGCCAUCAUAUUUUUGAGCAGAGUGAUCAUAUUGGUGAUAAAGCCAAGGAUGCAAGGAAAGGAGAUCAUGAAGAAAUACAUGGAUUUAAAGAUCCGAAUAAGAUGUAUGCUGAUCGCUAUGGAGCUUCACAGCCGAAAGAGGAUUUCUUCUGGGGUAGCCAUCAAAGGGAGGUUGAUCAUCAGUAUCAAUCAUCUCAUCCUUCGGCACACCCACCUGCUCCAAUACCUGAAGUUCCUAAAGCUAGUCAUGAUCCUUUCCCUGAAGAAGCGGUAUCUACAGAGUCUCAAAGAACCAAGAAGGAUAUGAUUGAAGAGUUAAAGAUUCUUGAUGACCAAAUCAGACAACUAAUAGAUGACAUUGACAAUAACUUUUCUCUCUCCAAAAGGGAUAUCCAAGAAAGAAGAAGAGAACUGCAUAAAGUCCAGGCUCAAAGAAAUAAGCUAAAUAAUGAUAUUGCAAGUUAGGUCAGUAUAAAAUUUACUUACUCAAAAUUAAGAAGAUUG